AUGUAUUUUACUCGUUCUGGUAGAUCUCACUCAGUGCAUAUUCAAUCACCACCAUUAGCAGAGAAGAUAACUGAAGAGCCUCCUGCAAAUGUAAUAAAUAAAAACUCGGCUCAAAGCACUGUGACAUGCGUGUACCAAGCCAAUAUUGCAGGCUAUUGGCGUAAUGUAUCAUUCAUUUGGUGCAAGAACCUGAUGAACCAUUCUUUCACUGUUAAGGUUGAUAGUAUAGACGGUGAUUUCAAUUACACAUGCAAGAUUGAGCUUAAGCCUUGGCAUUUUUGGAGCAAAAAAGGGUACAAGAGUUUUGAGGUUGAUGGGAAUCCAGUGGAGGUGUAUUGGGAUCUUCGUUCAGCUAAAUUUGCUGGUGGUCCUGAGCCAAGUACGGAUUUUUACAUUGCUCUAGUUUCUGAUGAAGAGGUUGUGUUGUUAUUGGGAGAUUACAAGAAAAAGGCUUACAAGAGAACAAAAUCAAGGCCAGCCCUUGUUGAUGCAGUGCUUGUUUACAAGAAGGAAAAUGUAUUUGCCAAGAGAUGUUUCUCUACAAGGGCUAAAUUCAAUGAAAGGAAAGAUCAUGAAAUUGUUGUGGAGAGCUCGACAACGGGACCUAGAGACCCCGAAAUGUGGAUUAGCAUAGAUGGGAUUGUGUUGGUUCAUGUUAAGAAUUUGCAAUGGAAAUUCAGAGGGAAUCAAACUGUGCUAAUUAACAAGUUCCCUGUGCAAGUGUUCUGGGAUGUACAUGAUUGGCUAUUUAGUAGCCCUGGCAUGGGACAUGGUUUGUUUAUAUUCAAACCAGGUUCACCUUUAGAUUCAGAAAAUGAGAGCAGAGAGAGCAGUAGCCAAGGAGGUGGUGAUGUUGACAGCGAUUGCAGCAGCGGGUAUUACUCUACUUGGAGUAAUUUAACAGCAACAGCUUCGGAAUUCUGCCUUUUUCUUCAUGCUUGGAAGAUUGAGUGAGAUUUAAUUAUGAACAACACUUUUUUGCCAAUGACAAUGAACAGCAAUG